AUGGCGGCGUGUUACAGCCCAUGGGAAGACCGCAAACUUGUCCCAGACGUUAACACAUCCCCACAUCGCACAUCCACCCGCCCACAUCCGCCCACAUCCGCCCACAUCCGCCCACAUCCGCCCGCAUUCGCCCACAUCCGCCCACACACACACACACACACUCACACACGCAUACGCACACACAGAUACACCACGAUCAUCAUCACUUUUGACUUUCCGCUCGUGGACAACUUACAGGUCGACACCUAUGUAAACACUUGGUCUCACUCAAGUAGUCGGGGUAACGAUUUUACAGCCUCGCGUACUACGGUAGUAAGGUUUUAUACUGCUGUGCUACCUCCAAAAAAACAUAAUUAG